AUGCACAAAAUCUCUCCGACCCAUCACACGGAUCCGCUGGAAGCGAGAGGAAAUGAUGUUGAUUUGCAUAAUCGUCGUCUCUCCUUGGUCGAGAAGUUCCGAGAGAGAGAGAGAGCGCUAAUUACGAAGCAAUACCUUCAAGCGCGCGAUCUGAAUAUCGUGCUUCCCACACACCAUAUAUUCAGUUUUUCUGCCAUCAAUUGCAAUGCAGAUCCGUCAGUUGUAUCCUCGAGCAAUGAAAACUGUUCACUUUUCAAAUUGAUCCACCGGAACAUAACUGACGGCGAGCUAGAUGUAUCCCUCACUGUUGAUAUCCAAAUCGUCGACGUUGACACUUGCGAACCAAUCGCUCGUAUAUAUUUUGAGGCAUGGCAUUGCUACUCUACUGAUGUACGUUCUAGGGUUGUCGCAAACGGCAACGGCGAUUCCUCCGAUGAAUCGAACCUCAACGCCACCUCUUUCCGCGGUAUCAACAUUUCCGACGAUAAUGGUGUUGGCACCCGUGGCACCAUAUUUUUAGGACAUUGUACUGGUCGGAUGAACCACAUGCGUGUUAUCAGUCAUCUCGGUGCUGUUUUGAACGCCAAAAACACAUUAAAAUGUGGCAACAGCGCCAGCAUUAGCCGAGUAUACUUUGACCAGGGCCUUGUGUCACUCGUUGAGGCGCAAGAGUCUUAUAGCAAGAAUACACGUAACUUCACGACUUAUACUGAUGAUGACACCCUUGCUGAAGAAGAUGUUGAGGUUGAUCCUAUUUUUAAUCUAGUGUUAGUAGGCGAUAGUGUAUCCUGUGGCAUGUUCGCUUCGAUUGCUUUCGAAAUAGAUAUCGCAUCGUCGUACUGUCUCAGUCCGGCGGUUUCCUAUACUUUUGUGGGUGACAUUACAGAUGAGGAUUGUAUUACGCAUCUUGCCGGGCGCUCUUGUCUCAUCAACGGUUACAAUUGA